AUGAACUUGCAAGAAGGAGAUGAAGAUGGUGAUGUUCUUGACGAGAUUAUUGACAGGGUCACCAACAAGGUCAACGGAUUGGCAUUCCGUGGACAUGAUGAAAAUGAAGAGUCUAGCAAUAGAGGAAACUUUCUUGAACUUUUGAAAUGGCUUGCAGCAAAUAGUGAAGAGGUGAAUAAGUAUGUUUUGAAGAAUACUCCAGUUCUUGUUGCUGUUGCCAAGGGAAAUGAUGAUUGUGUGUGGUUUUUUGAUCAAGUAUCUCUCUUGCUGAGUAUUAUUGGAGUUUCUUGUAAGCGUCAUGGUAUGCUUCGAAAUGUUAGACUUCAGAAUAUCUUGAAAGCACUUGAAUGUGGUGAACUAGAAACUGGGAGUGGAUUAAAUCAAGAAAUGGGUGCACACUUGAUGCUCGUCAUUCUUGGAUACACAAAUAAUUUGUCCCAGUGUUUGCAAAGAAGAGAUCAAGAUAUUCUUAAUGCAAUGUCACUUGUUAAUUUGGCAAAAAGUAGAAUGCAACAAUUGAGGUUUGAUGGGUGGGAUGCAUUCCUUCAAAGGGUCACUUUGUUUUGCAACAAACAUGACAUCGAAGUUCCUGCAAUGGAGGGUAAUUAUGUGCCUUAUGGAAGAUCAACACGGUUUGCUCCAAACCAAACAAAUGAUGACCACUUCAGAAGAGAAGUAUAUAUUGGGGUCAUUGAUCAAAUUAAUCAAGAGCUUGACAAUCGAUUUGAUGAGGUUAAUAUGGAGUUGCUUUCUUGUAUGUCGGCCUUGAAUCCUGCCAACUCAUUUGCUUCUUUUGAUGUAGACAAGGUACGUAGACUUGCUGAGUUUUACCCUAAUGAUAUUUCAAGCACCGACUUGAUAAGACUGGAAAUGCAACUUGAUAACUAUAUUGAUGACAUGAAGAGAGAUGAUAGCUUCAAAGGCAUAGACAACCUUGUUCAGCUCUCAAUUAAGCUUGUUGAAACAAAGAAACAUAAAGUUUAUGAUUUGGUGUACUUGCUUCUCAAAUUGGUAUUGCUUCUACCGGUGGCAACGGCAAGUGUUGAAAGGGUAUUUUCUGCAAUGAGUUUAGUCAAGAGUAAGUUGAGAAAUAGGAUGGGUGAUAGUCUUUUGGAUGAUUGUCUAGUCACGUUCAUUGAGCGAGAUAUUUUCUUCAAAGUGAAUGAAGAUGAUAUAAUCGAGACUUUCAUGACCAUUAGAAGGCGUAAGACCAACAAGAAUUAG